AUGCCAUCCGACCUCGACCGUGUGUAUCAAGAGGCCAUCUUUUCCUUGGAGUGUCCAGAAGGUUGCUCUUUCGACAAUCUGUUCUUUAAGUCAAUUGGCGAGGACCACUCCUCUUGCUUCAUGCACCUCGACCUUCCGCAGACCACUGUUCCCAAGGCCGGCAAUGUCAAGAUGUCCCCGACACUUUUUGAGGUUGUUGGUCAGAUCGCAGUCGAGGACUGCUAUCUCACCAAAUGUGGAGAUGAGUGUCUGUUCCCCGAGGAUGAGAAGAGUCCCACUGUGUACUCCUGCUGGAUCGAAGCACGCCCUGAUCAAGUGUCGUGCAUCCAUUGGCGCAAUGUUGUGCGUGGAUUGGACACAAUUAUUGCAGCGAUCCCUGUCCCCAUCGAUACCAUUCAUGCGAUGCGCACGGACCCGGAAACCGACUCAGUGAAAAUUCAGGUUGGCUGGCGCCCGCCGGCUGGACAGUCCAUUGAGGACACCUUCCCGCUCUACGAUAAUUUAGGAGAGCGGUGCAUUCCAUCUUGCGACGCUGAGGUGCCUUUUGGCAAGCCGGCUGCAAUCACGCAGCUAAAAAAUGCUCUUCAGCCCUCUGAGAAGAAGAAGAAUUUUGAGAAGAAUUGGAAGACGGAGGUUGAAACACGCUGGAAAAAGUGGAAGCGGGCUCGGCCAUCGCAGUCUCAGUACACGGAGCAGCUCGAAUGGGAGGCUCACGUUGUUGAAUAUGUCAACACUGUGUACAAGCUGACCAAAGCACAUGGUAAUUCGAAGACUGCGACAAAUGUCAGUCUCCGGCAUGAAAUCCCACUUUAUGGUCCGCAUUUCAUCCCGCCCACCUACGCCGAUGAGUUCAAGCAAGAUGCGACACCGGGCAUUGUACCCGAGACGGCCUAUCUGAAGCCGCUCACCGUCAUCCAUCCCUUUUAUUUCCCCGAGCUCGCGCGAUGCCCACAGUGCAGCUCCGAUGACAUCAAGUGGUGUGGUUGGACGCCUACUGGUCAUCGUGAGGUCCAUGGUAUUUUUCGCGAGGAGACGGCUCUUGGUUUUCAGCUCCGCUGUCAAUCCUGUGCAAAGCAAUGUGGUGUGCAUGGCGAGGGUGAUGAUGAGGGUCCGUACUGUUUCUCCACAACGAGCCCCCUCUUCUGGGAGAAGCGGGAGCACUGGGAGAUACCUGCCGGCAUACCUAUCUGUCUCAGGCGCUGUGCCAUCACGCGCGACUUGUUCGACCUUGUCGUUGAGCUGCGGCCGUCGACUACAGCUGCAGGACUCGCCGAGAAUAUCAAACAACUGCAUCUGCUCGAGUAUCACAAGCAGAGGCUGUCAUACCUUCAAAGUUUCAAGAUGCGACAGGAAAUCAAGCAGAGUCUUGUGCCGGCUGAACUCCUUCGCUCGUUUUCAAAGCCGAACAGCGCUGGCGGCUACAGCGACCAAUCCAUCACGGAUGAUCUUGUCACUGAUGUAUACAACAAGUUUAGUGAGAAAACGCGACAAACUGAAUCGGAGUAUUACCUUCGAACGUUGAGUGCGACAUGCGUAUCUCUCGACAAUACCUUUCGCACUGCGAGUAAAGCCAAGGUCACGGAUGGAAAGAAGAAUAAGACAAAGUCAUUUAAAGGGGGCAUACUGACUGUGAUGAAUGAACGGAAUGAAAUAAUUUCCUGGCGCUUCUGUCAGACACAACAAGGACUUGAGAUCGAGGAGGUGCUUGGAGGUUUGAAGGAACGUCUUGGGCUGCUCGGCGAUCCAGAUCCAUCGAUGGCGGUCGUCGAUAACUGUUGCCAUGUGGUCAAGUUCAUCAAACGGCCGUUCCCUGACAUACAUGUCGUCCUGGAUGUAUGGCAUUUCGUAAAGAGGUACCUCAUAUGCAUUCUCAAUGGCACCAAGAACCCACUGUACAGCGCCAUCGCCAGCGAUAUUGUGGAUGCAGUUCUGAAGACCAGGGCAGAUAAGCACAACCUGGCCGUAUAUUGGAGUCAGCUAGAACAAGAGAAAAGGUUGGUGGAUGCAUACGAGAAAUGGUUUAAAAGGGGGGGAGUGUGGAGUGUCGCCGCACAGAAGGCACAUGAAGAGCAACUGGGACAUGUGCAGAAGGGCUGCCUGUCUCGGACCCGACAAGAUGUGCCCUCUGACGGAAGCCGGAUCGAAGGAUCGCACAAGGGCUGGAAUGGACUCCAGCGCUCCCAUGCAAGUGGAAUCGAGGUCCUGUCCGCCCUGUGUCACGAUUUCGUCCUGCGUCGCAACAUUCGCAUCGGCUCAGUGCUCGAACAGUGCUCAACAUUUCUGACCUCGACGCACGGGUCGCAUCACAUCCGGCUAGUUGAUGCUGUUGCCAAAUUGUGGAAUGCACUCUUGCAGGUGCCGGACAACUGCUCGAAGGGUCUUCGCAUCCUCCCUGAGCUCGAGGUCAUCUCUAGCAAUGAAAAAUUCGGUCUUGUCAGUGCAAAGUGCCUCGCAAACUACCAAAAUCUCGUCGUGAUAAAAGAUGAGCCUCGUGAUGACCUCCUUGAUCUCGCGUUAUCGCAAGAUCAUGAGGAAGUCCAGGACAUGCUCCGUGACCUUGACAUUGACCCUGCCCUACUGCUGAAGCCGGCAUUUUCAUCCAGUAGCUCUGGUCGCCCGUCUCUUGCUCUUGAUUUGCCGCGAAGUGGUGCCGUGUUGCAGCCAACCACACUCACACUCACUGCGGCGUCCUUGGAUGACGCCCCGGAUUCAGGUUCAAGCUCGGGAGUGAUGACUGCACGGGUCAGCGCUGGGACUGCGACGCCAAACACCUCAGCUGUAAUUGUGGCAAACUCGACGGUAGAGGAUGACAUCGUGGUGAUGGGCUCAAGCGAGAAGAUCCUGCAACCUGCUACGUCGAGCCCCAGUCUGGCAGCCUCACAAUCCCUCUCGCAUAUUGUGCGCCCUGCGCUCACCACUCCAAGCCGAACACCCAAUGAGUGCCGGACUCUAUCGAUAGUGCCAUCAAAGCGCAAGGCAGACGAUGGAUGCGAUAUCGGCAAGGACCUGGGCACUCACAUUUUGUCAGGGAGCAGCGGGCUCCGAGAGAGAUCCACUCUCGAUGUAGGCACUAGCAGCAAGAGGGCGAAGACAGCUGGUUCUGCAACCAGAUCACUCAGCCGGGUCGAUGGGGUUCCAAACGUGGAGCCCGUCAAGGACAUCGCGAUGGUAUCCAGUGCAGGCGAUACGAACAGAGUGCCGGACAUGGUAUCCCCUCGAGAGCCUGCAGCUCCUCGUCGCACUGAGUCCAAUCUAGUUGGUUACUUCAAUACUGCACGCAAUGCCACAUCUGCAAAGAUCCAGGAUGUCAUGCCACUGCCGAGCGUACUUCCCCUUCCUAACAUCUCGGGUCUCACACCAUCUCAGCGACUCUUCUCGUUGGCGAUGGGCAUGCACAUUCAGUCGAUGUCUAUCAACACCAAGGAUGAGUUCUUCCUCUUCAUGGACAUGCGCGCGGAGAAGCGGUGGGCAUCCUUCAGUAUGACUCCUCGGAAAUGGGUCAUUGCGGCAAGUGAGUACAACACCCAGCUGGAGGCAUUCAACCGGUCGAGAGGGCAGGCACAUCUGACGGUAAGGAAGACACCCCGUGCUCUGAUGGAAAAGCUCGGAGAGCUGGAGCCGAAAAUUAUCGCGCGCAUCGUUACCGGCCACUACACAUCCAGGCAAUUGAACACCGAAGACUUCUGGAAGAAGCACUGCAGCGCGGUCCCGGGUCUGGUCAAGAGUGGAAAGGGUGGUGAUAAGACACCGCGCAAGACACAUACCUGCUCGCGAUGCAAGACGAUCAUGUGGCCUGGUCCCGAGGGCGCAGGAAACAACCACAAGAAGUCAUACUGCUCGGACGGUGUGAUGCAGAAGCCGAAGACAUUGCAGAGGAUGAUCAACGGCUCACUGCAAGAUGUGACAGAGCAUCCCCCGGACUGGCCCCAGCCGCGCGGUAUUUUCACGGGCGGCACUCACUUCAAUCCGGCAGCAUUCCUUGCCGCGGUUCGCGACAUGUACGACUGCGUGGUUGUGAAGAGCGGCACGGGUGGCGACCAUGCGAUGGAGUACAGCGCGUUCGCAGGGCUCCUGUCGAAGCGCACCGUUAUCACUGAUGACGGUGCCGUUCUCUUCGAGCUGUAUGGCUCACUCGAGGUGACGUCGGAGAGGGAGCAUGCAGAUAUCAUCGUCCAGCGCAAUGGAAUCAAGUACCUGCGCGUCAACUGCCUCCACAGUGCACCUGUCACUGGCAGCCACGACGACGGCGAGGGCUCCAGCGAAUUGGCCGCCGCCACCGUUUUGUAA